AUGCCCUCGAGUGCCACCUUGCCACUCCGUGGAGUCAAUCUCGGCUCUCAAUUCGUCGUCGAGCCCUGGAUGGCCAGUGAUGAGUGGAACAGCAUGGGUUGCGGCGGUACAGCAUCCGAGUUCGAUUGCGUCAGUAAGCUUGGUCAGACUCAAGCCAACAAGGUUUGGGCAAUGCAUUGGAACACCUGGACCACCCAGGAGGAUAUCUCUAAGAUGCGGUCGUACGGCCUGAAUGCUAUUCGGAUUCCUGUUGGAUACUGGAUCCGUGAAGAUCUGGUGUAUUCUGACAGCGAACAUUUUCCGCAAGGGGGACUCCACUAUCUGGAGCAGAUCUGUGGAUGGGCGAGCGACGCAGGACUUUAUAUCAUUAUUGAUUUGCAUGGUGCGCCGGGAGCCCAGGUUGCUCGGAAUGCAGAUACCGGACAGGAUGCUUCGACGCCAGGCUUCUACGUUGACUACCAGUACGAGCGCGCGUACAAGUUCCUCGAAUGGAUGGCAAACAUCAUCCACACGGACAAGAGUUACAGGAAUGUCGGCAUGCUGGAAAUCCUCAGCCAGCCCGUCCAAGGCAGCAACAGCGAAACGGAUUCCAUGAGGCAAACGUUCUACCCCACCGCAUGGGCGCGCAUCCGAGCCGCAGAAGCUGCCCUCAAAAUCAGCCCGAACAACCUUCUGCAUAUCCAGAUGAUGAACGCAAAAUGGGGCUCCGGCGACCCGCACCAACACCUCACCGACGACACCUUCGCCGCCUACGACGACCACCGCUACCUCAAAUAUUCCGACGACAACGGCAUCAACGACCCCGGCACCGGCCGAACCCCUGCCGCCUACCUCAAGGAAUCCUGCCACGACGACCGCGGCGGCAACUGGCCCACCGUGGUCGGCGAGUUCAGCCUCAGCGUCGCCGACGACCUCGAGUGGAACAGUUCCGAGUUCGCCCCGCCGGAUAGCCACGUCGGCUGGUAUGCCAAGUGGUUCGCGGCGCAGAUCCAGGCGUACGAGAAGCAGGACGGCUGGAUCUUCUGGAGCUGGAAGGCGGAUUAUAUCGCGGGGAGGAAUGAUUGGAGGUGGUCGUAUCAAGCGGCCGUGACGGCGGGUGCGAUCCCGCAGAACCUGAAAGAUGCCGUCAAUUCGAAUCCUUGCGCUGGCAUCUAG